AUCAUAAGCAUUUGUCAUCUGUGCAAACAGCGAACAACACAACAAAUAAGCUGCAGCGGCAACAGUUUAAUUACAAGUAUUAAAAACAAGACGCACGUACGUUCCGGCAACUGCUAACACUCACACAUCACCAAUUCACACACACACACGCACGCUCGCACUCACACACAGCUAGAAGAUGUCCUCCCGCAAGACCGCCGGACGUCGUGCAACGACAAAGAAGCGCGCCCAACGCGCCACAUCGAAUGUGUUCGCCAUGUUCGAUCAGGCACAGAUCGCCGAGUUCAAGGAGGCCUUCAAUAUGAUCGAUCAGAAUCGCGAUGGCUUCGUGGAGAAGGAGGAUCUGCACGAUAUGCUCGCAUCGCUGGGCAAAAAUCCCACCGACGAAUAUCUGGAUGCCAUGAUGAACGAGGCGCCCGGCCCCAUCAACUUCACCAUGUUCCUGACGCUCUUCGGCGAGCGCCUGCAGGGCACCGAUCCCGAGGAUGUGAUCAAGAAUGCCUUCGGCUGCUUCGACGAGGAGAACAUGGGCGUGCUGCCAGAGGAUCGACUGCGCGAGCUGCUCACCACAAUGGGCGAUCGUUUCACAGAUGAGGAUGUGGACGAGAUGUACCGGGAAGCUCCCAUCAAGAAUGGCCUAUUCGACUAUCUGGAAUUCACGCGCAUCCUGAAGCACGGUGCCAAGGACAAGGAUGAGCAAUAGGCUAAUUGUACUUGAUUGUUUGCCAACCGUUAAUCGGCUGCAAUAUAUAUGCCCAUAUAUCUGUAGAUAUUUGCGCGUAUAUAUAUUCCGACUUCAUGUCCAGCUGUCUACGAAUCGUGUAUUUUAUAUGGCUUAAAAGCAACUAUAUGAUAACCUUUAUGUUCAUAUAUUAUAUAUUCUAUUUUUUUUUUA